AUGGAUCAGGUGUUCCGUCGGUCGAAAGCAAUCCUACCGACGAUCGCCCGCUGGUGUCUGGUCUCCACAUUCAUCGAGGAUGUCCUCCACACGUGGUUCCGGUGGUCAGUUGUGAGGGACACUUUGGAAACCCGAUGGGCCUGUGGGGAUGUAUUGGCUAAUCUCUUGGCCGCAAUCAAUAUGUUGUCUCAAUUGAUCGCAUCCGGGCUCGUGUUGACCCGCUAUCACGUGUCCAUUGGGUGUUACGUACUCUUCGGCGUUGUUGUCUAUCAGACAGUGGCGUAUGGGAUCGGUUGGGAACUGAGGAUAUGGGUGAACACUAUUAGUCGAUGCGGUGCUCUAUUGCUGCUGUUGGCCGAGUGCCAGACGGAGGCGCCCACUCUGUUGGCCGGUGUGCCCAGUGAUGGACACAACCGACACAAGGCUUAUCUGCUGCUCACCGGAAGAAUACUAACGGUUCUCUAUUUUGUGGCAUAUCUUUACGCAGACCUGCAAAACAUAUAUUAUUUAAUGCAAGACAUUAUUGUCGUCGUACUCGUGGCGGCCGUCACUAUCGGCUAUAAGACCAAACUGUCGGCCCUUUUGCUGGUCAUGUGGCUCAUGGCCAUCAAUUGUUAUUACAAUCAUUUCUGGACAAUAGACUCAAAUAUAUUAACGUAUUAUCGAAUGAUGAAAUCUUUUUCUCGGGUCAUGUCUGCCAUCGGCGGCCUCUUAAUGAUCGUAGUCUUAGGACCGGGAGAUCUGUCAGUGGAUAACAACAAGAAGAACUGGUAG